GACGACAACAAGAAGCGCACGCGACAUCACAGACAGCGGGAAGCUUGUCUCAUUGUGUUGAAAGAUUAACUGAAGCUCUACCAUGCCUGUGGCCUCCACCAGGACCGAGCCUGUGCCCCAGGUGUUGGACGCAAUGAGUGAUAGCACCACCAGCUCCACCACGGCCAAUGACCUGGACCUCAUCUACCUCAAAGGCAUCAUGGAGAGCCCUCUGGAGCAAGAGGAGAGCCUGAAGGAACCGCGUCCCUCGCCAGUGAGGGAGAACAAUGUGGAACUCCUGCAGGAGAUUCUCAGAGACCUGGAUCCCUUCACACACCACUCCGACACUGCAGCUGAGCUCACCCGCAUACUCACACAGCCUCACUUCCAGUCUCUUCUGGAGACUCAUGAUUCAGUGGCGUCGCAGGCAUGUGACAGCCCACCCCCCAGUCCAUGUGAUUUUGUGGAUCAUGAGCAGGAGGACAGCCAAGCACACAACACACACCUGCCGCCUGACGCCAUCCGCAUGGUGGGCAUACGCAAAGUGGCUGGGGAGCACCUGGGAGUGACGUUCAAGGUGGAGGGUGGUGAGCUGAUAAUAGCCCGCAUCCUCCAUGGAGGGAUGAUAGACCAGCAAGGGCUACUGCAUGUAGGAGAUAUCAUCAAAGAGGUGAAUGGACGAGAGGUGGGCCAGGAUGCCAGGGUGCUGCAGGAGGAGCUGCAAGCAGCCAGUGGAAGUGUAGUUCUGAAGAUACUGCCCAGCUAUCAUGAAGCCAUACCGCCAAGACAGGUGUUCUUUAAGUGUCACUAUGACUAUGACCCAGCCAACGACAACUUGAUUCCAUGUAAAGAGGCAGGCUUAAGGUUUGAGACAGGAGACAUUCUGCAGAUAGUCAACCAGGAUGACGUCAACUGGUGGCAGGCCUGUCAUGUGGAGGGUGGUAGUGCGGGACUGAUCCCCAGUCAGAUGCUGGAGGAGAAGAGGAAAGCGUUUGUCAAGAGAGACGUUGAACUGGCGCCAGCAGGAAAUCUUUGUACUGGUGUUGGAGGGAAGAAGAAGAAGAAAAUGAUGUACGUGACCACUAAAAAUGCAGAGUUCGACAGACAUGAGAUAUUGCUCUACGAAGAGGUGGCCAAGGUCCCACCUUUCAAGAGGAAAACUCUGAUUUUGAUUGGUGCCCAGGGUGUCGGGCGACGGAGACUGAAGAACAAGCUUCUGCUGAGGGAUCCACUACUGUUUGGCACCACCAUUCCAUACACCUCCAGGAAGCCCAAAAAGGAAGAUCGUGAGAAUCGGAUGUACGCCUUCACCAGCCGCAGCAAGAUGGAGACUGACAUCAAGAACGGGCGCUACCUUGAACACGGAGAGUAUGACGGCAGCCUGUAUGGAAUCAAGAUCGACUCUAUACAUGAGGUGGUGGAGGCAGGACGCGUCUGCAUUCUGGACGCCAACCCUCAGUCUCUCAAAGUGCUGAGGACCUCGGAGUUCCUGCCCUACGUGGUGUUCCUUCAGUCUCCAGAUUUUGAGGUGCUGAAGGCAAUGAACCACUCCGCUGUAGAGGCAGGGGUGGUUACCAAGACACUGACGGAUGAAGAGCUGCAGAGGACGUGCAAUGAAAGCACUAAAAUUCAGGCAGCCUACGGUCACUACUUUGACCUCAGCAUCAUCAACGACAACCUGGACGAGACCUACCGCACCGUCAAAGCCGCCCUAGAAACGGUUGCUAAAAACCCGCAGUGGGUCCCUGUCACCUGGGUGUUCUAGAGAGGCUGUGGAAGGCAGAGGGGUAACAAAGGCACUCAAAAUAUGCCUCUGUUUAAAUACUGGAAGUUUCAACACAGAUUAAAUGUGACCAUAGCAGUAGCUUAGCACCAGAAACCCAUUUUCUUGCUAAAGUAACUGCUUUGUGGAGAAAUUACAGGAUAUUUCCUGAAAGUAUUUGAAUACAACAUCCAUUAUUUAAACGGGAUGGACAGAAGGACAGGAAGGAGGGACUAGAAAUGGGGUGAAUGAAGUUGUUCACAGAUUUUACCUGGACACAAGGUAAAAGGACAAUGUGUGAGUGUGUGUGUAUGUGUGAGUGCGGUUGCAGGUGUGUGUAUGUGUGUCCCUGUUUGUGCAUGGAUUUUAGAGCAAAGACUUUUGUACGUUUUUAAAUGAUUUGUGCCAUUACUGACGAUCAUCAGCAGCAGACUGUCAUUGUUUACAUUUCAUAAAUGGAGAGGUUGAUACUGAUGGUCGCACUACAUCUCUGAGCUGCGAGGGCUAGUUUUUUGUUUUUCAAUUGAUUUGCUAAACGUAUGACCUUAAGUGAUUACAAUAAUGACAGGACACCACAAAAAUAUCUUAAAAUGCUUAUAUAUUCAAUUUACAAUAAUUUACAAUAACAUGAAAUCGCAAUAGAUAAGCAAUUUCUAUAAUUGUCAACACUACAUUGUUAUGAUAAAUUAUUUUACAAAUUCGUCCAGCCCUCAGAAACACCAGCUUCAGCACUGAAAUAAUUCUAACACCGACACUUGCAACUCUUCAGCUGCUGUGUAAAGCACAAUAAAUGCAGAUGCCAACAGAUUUCCUCAUGUUGAAAAUGUUCAUCAGAGAAUGUUAUACUUGACAAAUCACGUGUGAUUGAGCGCUAGUAUCACAAGCAAACCUCGCAGUCCAUCUGUACUCUUUUCUGUGCUGCGAGCAUAGGCCGCCUUUCAUAUCUUGUUCCUUGUUUAAUGUAGUUACAUAAACAAACACACACACACACACACGGGCGUGAAAAACACAAACAG